GGCUACGAUGUGGAGAAGAACAACUCCCGCGUCAAGAUCGCCGUCAAGAGUCUGGUGACUAAAGGCACGCUGGUCCAGACCAAAGGAGUCGGCGCCUCCGGCUCGUUCAAGCUCAACAAGAAACAAGCCGAGACCAAGACAAAACCCGCCAAGAAAGCCGCUCCUAAAGCCAAGAAGCCCGCGGCAAAGAAGCCCGCCGCCAAGAAACCUGCCGCCGCGAAGAAGAAGCCCAAGACCGCAGCCGCGAAGAAGAAGCCCGCCGCCAAGAAAUCCCCGAAGAAGGCCAAGAAACCCGCGGCUAAAAAGGCAACGAAGAGCCCCAAGAAAGCAAAGAAACCAGCGACUCCGAAGAAAGCAGCCAAGAGCCCUAAAAAGGCCAAAGCAGCCAAACCCAAAACGGCGAAACCCAGAGCUGCCAAGCCCAAGAAGACCGCGGCCAGAAAGAAAUAAACUCCUCUUUUCUGAUGUUUUAUCAAAACGGCUCUUUUAAGAGCCACCCACUGAUUCAAAGUAGAGCAGUAUUUCCUCGGUUAUCUGUCUAGUGUAUAAUUUGGACAUCAUUGAUCAAAUAAUUUAUACACUGCUGCAAGUCAAACUUUAAACUAUUAUUAUUAUUAUUAUUAAACCAGACAAUUCAGUGAAUAACAGGUAAGGCAGGGUUAAUCGUGUAGCACAUUUAAUAAAUAAAGAGUAAAGUGCUAUAUACAUAAAAUUAUGUAAAUGUCCUUAAAAUUAAAAAAGAAUCAGAAAUAACCAAAUUGAAAGAAAACGAAAUAAAGUUGCACACAAAAAAGAAACUAAUAUGUUUAAAGAGUUGCAAAUACUAAAUAGCAGAAGGGGGUUGGGUUUGGAGGGAGGUUCACUGAUUGGCUUGAAAUGUGUUCAGACUCCAGCCAAUAGGAGACCGGUACGCUUCUUUCAAAAGUCACAUCGCAGCCUUCUGUACAAUCAAUGCUUUUAAAACAGGUUUUCUACUAUAGUGAGUGGAAGAGGCUAAACCUGUGGAAAGGAGA